AUGCGGAGGCGAAUGCUCUUGCGAGUGCGGCGGAGGCGCGGGCUCCGACGACGGGGUGGAGUCAGGCCGGAGGCCGCUCUGCCCUGGGCGGAACGCGGCGUCGUUCCGCCCUGGGUGAACCGACUGCUGACAGCUAGUGCUCUGGCGGGCAUGCAAGAGCAGGACGAGGUGCCCCGGCGUGCACCAGUACCAGCACCAGCGCCCUUAGGAACGCUCUGGCAGCGGAAAAGGAAAUCUGAACCAAUGCCGCCACCCCAGGAACCCAAGGUGGAAGCCGUGCAGGUGGCCAGCCACAAUGUGGUGGCUUGGCGCAGUAAGGCCGAGUGGGAGCAGGUCAUGGUUUACCUCUUCUGCUCGGACCCCGAGCUGCAGCGACAUGCGCUCAACCGAGUGUCGGCUUGGAAGAGCAGGUGCAGCAACAACCUCCCUCUGGCUGUGGCCUGCACAACAGAUCUGGUGCUUUGCAAACUCCUGGAUGGAACUUCUUCCUUGGGCACCCAGGAGCUCGUGCUCCUCUAUGGGAUGGCCUUGGUCAGGUUUGUGAAUCUUAUCACUGAGCCCAAGCAAAAGAUCAUCAACAUUCCUCUGAGACGCCUGGCCCACGAGAUGCACAUCCCAGAGUGGGUCGUGAACCUUCGCCACAAUCUGACUCACAGGAAUCUGCCUAGACUGAGUACCUGCCGAAGAGGCUGCGAAUUCGUCUUGGAAUGGCUUCGCCGGACCUAUUGGUGCCGCCAGUUGGGGAAUAACUUGGGUGAGCCCUGGGAUUCAGGGGUGCGUAUCCGCGAGAUAGAGAUGGGGAAGGACGAAGAUGGGGUCGUGGUGGAGGAGGUGGAGGAGGUGGAAGAGGAGGAACAGCCUCCCCAGGAGGAGCCACUUUCUGAAGAGGCUCAGAAAGAAAAGGACCUGCAAGAGAAAAUCCGGAAACUGCUGGUGUCCUAUGGAGAACAACAAUUUAAGGUGCUCCGGCGCUCAAGGCAGCUGCCCAAGGCCAUGAAAUUGUGGACCAAAUCCACCCGUGAGGUAGAACGACUGGUGGGCCGCCUGAAGAAGCUAUCCAAGGACAACCGAAAUUACAUGGUGGACACCCUGCUUGACGAAGGCUUCCUUAUCCCUACUAUUGAGCAGCUGGAAGCUCUGAAGAUCCAACCAACAGAAGUCCUGAAUCUGGUGAGCCUUCUGAUGCCGAGGUCCUUCUCGAACUUCUGGCAGCCCCUCAUUAAGGGCCUGCAGACCCACCCAUUCAUCCAGGACCUGCUGGAGAAGAUGCUCAGAACCCUACCGGAUUGUGGGGACACAGGGAUCCGUCCAGCCUAUCUCAUCAGUUGGAUCAACGAGCUUGUGGUGGUCUAUACCCCUGCUGGGCCCUGCCAGAAGCGCCUCACCUCUAGCCAGAGGUCAGUCCGUAAGAGCUGGAAGUUGGGACCUCGCAAAUUCUCCUUGAACUGGUCCCAGUUGCUUGAUGUUUGCCUGGAUGCCACCUGCUGGGCCAGUCCCCACCUUCUCCAACUGAUCCUGAAGGCCAUGGAGCCCCAGCUACCCCUGGACUCGCAGGAGAAGCUCAUGUGUCUCUGCACCAUCUACACCCAGGGCGGGAAUCCUGUCACUAGCGGGAAGCCUGUGGAAGGGACUAGCUCCCUGCGCAGGCCCAUCUACACCCUGGAGAGCCUUCAGUGGCAGGUGAAACGGGCUCUCAUGAUGGAGAAGAAGAAGAAUCGCCAGCCCGGGGAAGAGGGGGAAGAGGAGGAAGAGGAGGAGGAGGAGGAGGAGGAGGAGGAGGAGGAGACCGAGUCUGGAGAUUCGUCUGAACCAGAAGUGAUGGAGGUGGAUCCAGAACCAGUGAAGGAGGUGGUACUGAAAGAGACUCCGGAGAUGCUGGCUAAAAAGCAGGCCGGCUUGGAGGGCUCCCCCUGGCAGCUGUGCUUAGAUGACAUCAACUGGAGCGAAUUGCCCCUGGGUAAGAUGCCAGGCCAGACUGACGACCCUGAUGAGCUGAUGGUGGAGAACUACACCCUGAUAUCUGUCAUGGACCAGCCUGUGAUCCGUGGGCUGGAUGAUGGACCGCAUUCAUCCACAUUUGGUUCCCUGGACCUGAGAAUCCCCAACAUGGAAGGCCCACUGUGGACCCAGAAUGAGCUACAUAGCCUCAAAGGCAACAUCCAGUUGUUCUAACCUCAGGGUGGGAAGGGUGCCCCUCCCCCUCUGUGCAGACACUCCCCCUCCCCCACAAGCACCGGAAACUAAGGUGCCCACCUCAGUUGACUUUGAUUAGUGUCGGUUGUAUUUUUUUUUGGAGAAAAAAAAAAAAUAAACCCUACUUUCCUUGCUCUGCAACACAGGCCUCCUGCUGGCCUGUGUUCCUCCCAGAGCUGGCCUGGGUUGGGGGCCUGAGAAGGACCCCCACCCCAGGAAUCCCCUCUGCAGCAGCGCCCCUGAUAAGUAGUCAUCCCACUUCGACUUUAGGCUUCCCCUGCUGGGGCCCAUGCCAGGCCCGGAGCCCAAUUCUGCCUCUGCUGCUUGGCCAGUGCUCCUGGUCCUACCCUCUGGGGCCGAGCAGACAGCUCGUCAGCAUCUUGAGCAUGUUCCCUGGAACCUUCUCCUUCCAUUAAGGAAGACUGUGGGCCACCCCUCGUGUCUCCAGGCCUUUGCCGCCUUGGACCCCACUAGUUGAUGCUGAUGCCCCAGCAGGGCAUUGCCAGUGGAGCCGGCUUCCAUCUCUUCUUCCUUUUCUCUGCUUCCCAGAGAAGGGCCCACUCUUGCCCACUGUGCUGUCCAGCGCCAGCAAAGCAGAAGGGAUCCCUUACUUACUUACUUAAUGCUGUGUUGUGACUUAGUGCUUUGUCCUGUGGACCCUUGGACCCACCUCCUCAGGAACAGUGCUGCAAAGGGGAUUCCUCGGCCUCUCCCCAAAUGCUUUCCCCAGGACCUUGUAGGGUCUCCUGCUUCUGUCCCCAAGUUUAGAUUCCUAAGUUAGAACCUAACCUGUACACCUCACUAGCUAUCCCUAAGGCUUGACUGCUACUCCCCCCCUCCCCAGUGCCAUUUUACCAGUAGAUACCCUUCCUUUAGAGCCCCAAGGCAUGGCAUGCAGCUGGGGAGAAAAGUACACCCCUGUUCUCAUUCAUGCUUCUGACCUGGUGAGAACAGGUCGGUGGAUGAGGUGCCCCUGGCAGGAGUUUUCUCUUAUCGUUGGAACUUAUCAUUGGGGCUCCUCAGAUUCUCUCCUUUGUUCGCUUCCAUUGAAUAAAACUUAAAUGUGAC